UCCACUGUACAGAGGUGGUUGCAGGCUCUCACAAUAUGACGCCCUACUUGAUUGUCUUUAUCCUGGCAUGUCUGGCCAGACUGACUGAUGGUGAGAGGUGUGACUUAAGUCACUGUCACACCCGCCUCAUGCCCUAUGCUGGUUCUCUCAAUGAUAUUACUCCGGAGCAGCUGCCAGGGUUUUGCAGGGAGGCUGGCCAGUCCCUUGAUUGCAUGGACGAGGUUGUUGGAGAAUGUGAGUUCCUGAAAGCGCCUGUAGCCAGCUUUGAUGACAUAGUUUCCGGAAUGUGUGGUGACAUUGAUUCUGAUGAGGAUGAAGAUGACGACUUGAAGAGGGGUGUUGUCUGUUCAUUCAGGAGGAAAGGGAAAAUUCAGAGAUGCGCUCACAAACUUCAACGUCUUGUCUACGAGCAGCCUAUUCAAUGCUGGAAGGUUAGGAGAAUCAUCGGAUGUCUCCAAAAAAACAUCGCCAAAUGCCCAAGUGUUUUUAACCCUGCGGUCAUACGCCUCGACACGUUGCGCUCAAAUCUUUUGGCGAUAUGUGAAGAGACAGAGGAACCAUCAACCAGAGCACCCCCAACGACUCCGGCACCCCCAACGACUCCAGCACCAACAACGUCUCCAGCAACAGCCGAGUGCCCCUUCAUGCCGCGUAUUCAAGUAUGUCUCAAUGAGAUCAACGGCCACAUGCAAGUUCUGGCGUUUGGAGGACCGAAUACCGCAGAGGCGUGCAGGUCUCUCCCAGGCGCCCUAGAAUGUGUCUCCAACUACACCGAGGCCUGCGCGGACUACCCUCAAUUUUCCAAUAUGGGCCCCGAGUUCAAUGCACUGGUUGAACAAUUCAGAACCCAGACAAGCUCCAUGUGUCCCGGCACUGGCGGAGGAGAGGGUCCCGGCACUGGCGGAGGAGAGGGAGGAUGUCCAUCGAACUAUCAACAGAAACUUCUUGACUGCAUAGGACCUCUUCAGGGGGGCAAACCCCAAUGACUUGUCCGCCAUGUGCAGUAUGGCCCGGACAGCGUUCAGCUGUGUAGAUGACCUGGUGACCGCUUGUGGAAGCGCAGUCGGGCCUCUGUUAGGACAAAUGCAAUAUAACCAGUCAAAACAAAGUUUGUUGUCUAUCUGUCCCGCAUAGAAAACAUCGUUCCAGCUCAUCUACAGUGCAUCUCUGAUUCUGUAUUUUCAUAUGGUUUUCAAAUCAUGAAAUAAAGUUGAUACCUUUA